AUGUCGACAUAUAAACUUUAUUAUUUUAAUGGACGUGGUCGUGGUGAAGUUGCUCGUUUAAUAUUUGCUGCUGCUGGUCAAAAAUAUGAAGAUAUUCGUUAUGAACGUGAUGAAUGGGCAACACAUAAAAGUGAAAUGCCUUUAGGUCAAAUACCUGUUCUUGAAUAUAAUGGAACAAAAUUACCACAAUCAUUAUCAAUUGCUCGUUUUCUUGCUAAACAAUUUCAAUUAGCUGGUAGAGAUAAUUUUGAACAAGCUAAAGUCGAUGCUGUGGCUGAUACAAUUGCUGACUUAUUAUCAAAGUAUGUAGCGGUUCGUUUUGAACAAGAUGAAACUAAAAAACAAGAACUUACGAAAAAAUUCACUACGGAAGAAUUACCAAAACACUUACAAAACCUUGAAGUAUUAGGUAAAUUAUAUGGUAAUGGUGGUUCAUUCUUUGUUGCUAAUCAUUUAACAUGGGUAGAUUUAUUUUUUUAUGACGUGGGUCAUAAUAUACUUCAAUUAGAUGCAAAAUCUUUGGAUAAUCAUCCAUUGUUAAAACAAAUUCGUGCUGAAGUCGAAAAACAACCAAGAAUUGCAGAAUAUCUCAAAAAUCGACCAGAAACACCAUUUUAA